AGUGCCGUCUGGCUGCAGUGCUCAGACAGGAGGGGAGGAAAACGCUGAGUGAGCCGGGGAGGGGCCGCUCCUCACACAUCCCUGCCUGCUGCCGCCGCCGCUGCUGCACAGGCUGCCCACAAAGAAGAAGUAGUCGGGGAGCUGCGCCUGCAUCCCGCUGGAGAAGGUGGGGCUGACCCUCACAGUCCCGACUGACAGCGAGGGCUGCGGACAUCCCGCAGGAACAGCCACCCUCCCCUCCGUGCCGUCCGGCCACCUCGCUCUCCUUUGUGUCUGCACCUAGCACCAGCACUGGGGCGACAGGAGCGGGGGAGCCCGACCAUGCCCAGCUCGCUCUUUGCGGACAUGGAGAGGACCGGGAGCGGCGGCGGCGUGGAGACGCUGGAUGACCAGCGGGCUCUUCAGAUCGCCCUGGACCAGCUCUCCCUCCUGGGGCUGGACAAUGACGAGAGCUCCAUCUAUGACAACGAGCCCCGGAAAAAGAGCGUCAACAUGACCGAGUGCGUCCCGGUGCCCAGCUCCGAGCAUGUGGCCGAGAUAGUUGGUAGACAAGGUUGUAAAAUCAAAGCCCUGCGGGCGAAGACCAACACCUACAUCAAGACCCCGGUGCGCGGGGAGGAGCCAGUCUUUGUUGUGACUGGGAGGAAGGAAGAUGUGGCCAUGGCCAGGAGGGAGAUCAUCUCGGCGGCCGAGCACUUCUCCAUGAUCCGGGCUUCCCGCAAUAAGAACGCCCUGAACGGGGGCUCGGUGCCCGGACCCCCCAAUCUGCCCGGCCAGACUACCAUCCAGGUGCGGGUGCCCUACAGGGUGGUGGGGCUGGUGGUCGGACCCAAGGGCGCCACCAUCAAGCGGAUCCAGCAGCAGACGCACACCUACAUCGUCACCCCCAGCCGGGACAAGGAGCCGGUGUUCGAGGUGACCGGCAUGCCGGAGAAUGUGGACCGUGCUCGGGAGGAGAUCGAGGCUCACAUCGCAGUGCGCACCGGGGGGCUGAUCGAGCUGACUGACGAGAACGACUUCCACGCCAACGGCACGGACGUGGGCUUCGAUCUGCAUGGGGGCACGGGCAGCCUGUGGGGCAAGCCCAGCCCGGGGGGCGGCGGCUCCGGGGCCCGCAAGGCGUUCUCCAGCUACCGCAACGACAGCUCCAGCUCCCUGGGCAGCGCCUCCACGGACUCCUACUACGGGGGCACCCCCCGGAUGGCGGACUACAGCCCGCCCAGCCCGGCCCUCAGCUACACCCACAACGGCAACAAUAACAACAACGGCAAUGGCUACGUGUACGCCGACAGCGCCUCCCCGGACUGCACCGACAGCGCCUACGACUCCGCAUUUGACCCGGCCCCGGCUCCCCCAGGCGGCCCGGCCGUGCUCUGGUCCCAGUAUGAGCGCAACGGCACAGGCGCCCUGUCCCCCCCGUACCAGCACAACGCAAACGGGCUGCUGUCCAACCACCGGCGGCUAACUGCCCCGCCCCGGCUCUCGCCGCCUCUGCACGGCAGCAGCGCGGUCCCCGAGCCGCAUCCCCUGGCGCGCAGGGUGCGCAGUGACCCCGGCGGCGGCCUGAGCGGCUACUCCGCCUACACCAACAUGGACUCCUCCUCCUCAUCCAGCAGCAGCAGCUCUUCCUCCUCCUCCAGCUCGUCUUCCUCUUCGUCCGGCAUGAGGCGGAAGGGCAGCCGCGACUGCUCCAUCUGCUUUGAGAGCGAGGUGAUCGCUGCCCUGGUGCCCUGCGGGCACAACCUCUUCUGCAUGGAGUGUGCCAACCGCAUCUGCGAGAAGAACGCGCCGCAGUGCCCGGUGUGCCACACAGACGUCACUCAGGCCAUCCGCAUCUUCUCCUAACUGAGCAGCAGCAGCCUUCUCCCCCCAUGUACUAUGGAGACCUGGCACCCCCACCCAUUCCUACCUGUACACAGGGUGCCUGUGCUCUCUCUGUGUAUAUAUUAUUUACCAAGAACCUUAAUAUAUUAAUAUAUUGUAAUAUAUUAAUAUACAAAUAAUAUAUAUAUAUAUAUAUAUAUAUAAUAUUGUGAUGUUGCUUCUCUCUAUGCCCUCACGCUUUAUAUGCUGGAGGGGCUCUAGAUGUCUUUUGUUAGCAGCCUUUCAUGCAAUUCCAAAGGCAAAUUAUAGUUUUAUACAGGGGGUGCAGAUGUCAAGUAAAUGAGUUAAGUGCAUGUUUCAUUGAACAAGGGCCCCUUUUUGUGCAUUACUCUCAGUGGUACCCGCUCUCGCAUCAUGAUGUAAAUAGCUGGCGGCAACCAAUUAACAUGCACCCACUCCAGAAGCAAUAUUGAUUUGAUGCAUCUGAUAUUUCUGCCAUUGCAGCAGGGCCUGUUCUCAAUCAGUCUGGAAUAUUUGUCACGUGGCCAAUUUUUAACCUCUUUGGCUUUUAAGGGGUUAAACAUGAUGGCAAUGCCUGGAGUUGUUGGGACAAGGGCUCUUAUUACACUAGAAAUGUUUCUACCUUGCCAAGUGGGAAUAUGGCAUUUAAAGCUGCAGUAUCUGCACUUUCUUUUCUUUAUAGCAUAAAAAAAAAAUAUAUAUAUUUUAUGGGAACUUGCUGAACAAUUCCCAUUGGCCAUGUAUUGUAGCUUGGGAAGAUUACUAAAUCUAUUGCAUGCUCUGAAAUUUAAUAAAAACCUGAUAAACCUUUCCCCCCCCCCCCCCCCUCCUAUUUUCAAGAUAGACUUCCAAAAUAUUUUUACUUUAUCUUGUGCUCAUAUGUGGCUUUAGGGAUAACAUUUCAUUUUGACAAGCUGUGCGAUUUCUAGCAGUAUAAAUACUUUUUGUGUUGUAUGAUUUUAUUUUUGAAACUCUGAAACGUUCCCUUUAAAGAAAUCCUGUGAUACUGCAGCUAGCAGUAUAAAUACUUUUUGUGUUGUAUGAUUUUAUUUUUGAAACUCUGAAACGUUCCCUUUAAAGAAAUCCUGUGAUACUGCAGCUUUAACAAAGUUAAUAUUAAAUUCUAACAUAUCUUCUAUAAAUAUAUAUAUAAUUAUAAAACACGUUUAAAGGUUUUAAAGAUGAAUUGCAUUAAUACAGAUUGAAGUAUUUUAUUCUUUUUUGACUUGAAAAAUUAUAUUUCAUAUUGCAAAGAUGUUUACAAGUAUUUUAAUUUAAGUUCAGUGAACUUUUUUUGUAGCUGGGUUUAAAUCUUUUAUUUUUAGUAUGGCCUUCUGGCAAAGAACACUGUAUUAUUUUAAUAUCACAGGUGAAGGGGUGGGGCGGGGGGAGGGGGAGGAGUUAAAACACACGACCAUAAACUGCAAAGUGUUUUGAACAGUAUUGUGUUGGGAUGGAGAUUUUUUUUUUUUUUUAUAUAUAUAUGGGUUCUUAAAAAACAAUGUUUUAACUCUGCUUCACCCAGCGUCUUUUUGUAUUCUGUGAUAUAAAGCCUAUUUUAUUCUAUAUUACAAAAUUUGAAAUGUACGAGCAUAUUAAGCCAACCGGAAGAACCGUUGACUCCUUUCUACAUUUGUAUAAAUAGAUUUCAGUGGAGAUUACAAAAUUCUGUUGCACCACUCUAGUUUAGUAUUUCUAUUUUAAUACAUUUUGUUUACUACUUGUUUAUGUAUAUGUAGGUGAUGUUACUUGAGCGUAAAUGUACUUUACUGAACAAAGUUUAAAAAAAAAAAGUAUAUUUUAUUUUAUGAUAAAGGGCCUUUAACCUCAUGGUCAAAAUACUAAUAUUAUAUUUGCUGAGACAAGAUUUGAAAUUGUAUCAAGAGUUUUAUUUUUCUGACAUUUAAAGUUCUACAUAAAUAAAGGUAAAACUUAAGUAAUGGUGCUACUUCAUGUUUUUUUAAGUAUUUCUAUAUAAAUCAAAAUAAAAUAUUCAAGAAAUGA